GCCGCCCGGGCCCCGCUCUGCGAGAGGGUGGGGAAGCGAGACCAGGAGGGAAACGUCGUCUUCCUCCGCUCUAGCGCCCCGGGACGCCGCGGGGUCCCGCUCCGUGAGGGCACCGGCCGGGAGUCAGGAACGGGGCAGCCUCCUCCUCUCCCUACAUCCGACCCCGUUCUCCGAGGCAGGAGCGCCCUCGGCGGGCAGCGGGUGACCGCCUCCUCCGCUGCCUCCUUCCAUCGGGAGGGGUCCCUUCGCACCCCGCUUCUCCUCAGGCUCCGUCCGCCGCCCCGUCCGCCGCCGCCGAGCCGCCCGUCCCGAGGAGGGAGUCCGGCACUUGUUGCUGACGCGAUGGUCACCGGCCCGGCCGAGUAGGCAGGGACCUCCGAGUCCGUCGCGGGAGAGGACCGCCGCGGCUGGCGGCGAGGGCCCGGCCCCUUUCGGGGUCUGCGGGGACAUCUCGGGCUGUUGUUUUCUCUCAGCGUUCGGCGGUUACGGCUUCGCAGGCGGCGUGAGGACUUUCCUCGGACCUCGUGGGAAUCGCACCCGGCAGGACCGCCCGCCCCGGAUGGUCACGGCGCGCUGAGGGGGCACCGCCGGAGCCCGCCCGCCACCUCCCUCCGCCUGGCCGCCCGCAGGCUGGCCUCCCCCCGCAGGAGGAAAAAUGUCCUUCUUCAACUUUCGUAAGAUCUUCAAGCUGGGCGGUGAGAAGAAGAAGAAACAGUACGAACACGUCAAGAGGGAUUUGAACCCUGAGGAGUUCUGGGAAAUUAUAGGAGAGCUGGGAGAUGGUGCUUUCGGUAAAGUGUUUAAGGCUCAGAACAAAGAAACAAAAGUACUGGCAGCUGCAAAGGUGAUUGAUACUAAAUCAGAAGAAGAACUUGAAGAUUACAUGGUUGAGAUUGAUAUUUUAGCAUCCUGUGACCAUCCUAAUAUUGUUAAGCUACUAGACGCUUUCUACUAUGAAAACAAUCUGUGGAUCCUGAUCGAAUUUUGUGCAGGUGGAGCAGUAGAUGCAGUAAUGUUGGAGCUUGAAAGGCCACUAACGGAGCCACAGAUCAAAGUGGUGUGCAGACAGACACUAGAAGCAUUGAACUACUUGCAUGAAAAUAAGAUCAUCCACAGAGAUCUAAAAGCUGGCAAUAUUCUUUUCACAUUAGAUGGAGACAUUAAACUAGCGGAUUUUGGAGUAUCAGCUAAAAACACAAGAACAAUACAAAGAAGAGAUUCUUUUAUUGGUACACCAUAUUGGAUGGCUCCAGAAGUAGUAAUGUGCGAGACCUCUAAAGACAGGCCUUAUGAUUACAAGGCUGACAUUUGGUCUCUGGGCAUUACUUUAAUAGAAAUGGCUCAAAUAGAGCCACCUCAUCACGAAUUAAAUCCAAUGCGAGUGCUUCUGAAGAUAGCGAAAUCUGAUCCACCUACGUUAGCACAGCCCUCAAAAUGGUCAGCAGAUUUUAAAGAUUUUCUGAAGAAAUGUUUGGAAAAGAAUGUAGAUGCAAGGUGGAGCGCAACUCAACUUCUACAGCAUCCAUUUGUUACUGUAACGUCCAACAAACCAAUAAGAGAACUGAUUGCAGAAGCUAAGGCUGAAGUUACAGAAGAAGUGGAAGAUGGUAAAGAUGAGGAUGAAGAAGAAGAAACAGAAAAUUCUCUGCAGUUACCUUCAGACAAGCGUGCAUCCUCUGACCUUAGUAUUGCCAGCUCUGAAGAGGAUAAACUUUCACAAAAUGCCUCUUUUCUGGAAUCUCUUUCUGAGAAAACAGAAAGUAAUGCAAUUGAGGACAAAGCCAGCACUAUAUUUCUUGAUGACAAAACAACAGGAGAUGAAUCUGAGGACAUUAAAUUUAGGAAAACAGCUGAUAACAUAUGUGAUACCACUGUUGGUGAUAUGAAAGUGCAGAAUGGUUCUGUGCCAAGUGGUGAAGAUAAGCAAGGCAAAAUAUUGCCAGCUGAAAAGAACAUGGAAAGCCUGGAAAAACCACAUGAAGAUAUGGAACCCCAGAAAGGAGGGAAAGAACUUGACUUGGUAACAAAAUCAGAAAUACAGGGUGAACCUGACCUAAAAACAGAGAAAGAAAAUGACAUAGGAAAUGAACAGACAGAAGUUAAUAAACUGAAAAUAGUACCUACAACUGAAAAUAGUGUUGAAACUGAAGAAUGCAUUUCUAAGGAAACUGGUGAAAAAGAGGAGAAGGAGAACAGAACAGAUCUCUUGGAAAGUAAGGAAGAAAAGGUCCCUGCAGAAGAUACUGCAGAGCAAAAGGAAGAGAAAGAUGAAGCUCAGAAAGAGGCGAUAACAGACGCCACUACAGAAACUCUACCUAAUGCUGUGGAUAAAGUGGCUGAUGAAGAAAAGGAACUAAUAAAGCAUGGAAUUGACAACAUUAAGGAGAUAGGUGGGAUUGCUGAAACACAGAUCAGUGUUGGGGAUAAAACACCUGAGGCGGAGGAUAAGCCAGUGGAAAGUCAGGCUAAGCAGGUCCACGAGAUAAUCAGCUCUGCAGAAUCUCCAUCGGAAAGCCAAGAUACAGUGAUCAAAGCAGACAAGAAAGCGGCAGAAAGUGAAAAUGAAGAUAUUUGUAGUAGAAAUAGCAUGGAGGAAACAGAGAUGAAAGACUCUGGAAAAGACAGCGUAGACCACAAGUCAAUACAGAGCAAGCCUGAGGAUAUUUCUAAUAAAGUGGUGGAUAAACUGACUGAUAUGGACCAGAAUUCAGAAGAGCACAAACCUGACAAGAUCCAGGAAAACACCAUUCAGGUAGACAAAGAACGUUUGGAAGUUACUUCUGAUGAAAUAAUGAAGAAUAAGCAUCAAGAUAUUGCUAGUGAGCAAGCUGAUGACUCUGAAGUCACUCCAGUUCCCAGUAUUAGUAUUAGCACUGAAGAAAAUGAGGAGAAAGUCAAAAGAGAUAAUCAAGACAAUACUGAAGCUUUACAGCAGCUAGAAUCUGAGAAUUUGAAGGAAAAUGAUGCAGAUUCGGGCACAGGUUCUACGGCUGAUAACAGCAGCAUUGAUUUGAACUUGUCGAUUUCUAGUUUCCUUAGUAAAAACAAAGAGACAGGAUCAAUAUCUUUACAAGAAACUAGAAGACAGAAGAAGACAUUAAAGAAAACUCGGAAGUUUGUUGUUGAUGGAGUAGAAGUGAGUGUAACAACAUCAAAAAUAGUUACUGAAAAUGACUCGAAAAGCGAAGAAAUGCGAUUCCUGCGACGUCAAGAGCUAAGAGAGCUGAGACUUCUUCAGAAGGAGGAGCAGAGGGCCCAGCAGCAGCUCAGUAAUAAGCUUCUGCAGCAGCGAGAACAGAUGUACAGACGUUGCGAACAGGAAAUGACAAGUAAAAAGCGACAGUAUGAUCAAGAAAUAGAGAAUCUAGAAAAGCAGCAGAAACAGACAAUAGAGCGCUUGGAACAGGAGCACACGAAUCGUUUGCGAGACGAAGCAAAACGCAUCAAAGCAGAACAGGAGAAGGAAUUGUCCAAAUUCCAGAACAUACUGAAGAACAAAAAAAAGGAGGUUUUAUGUGAAGUGGACAAAGCACCAAAAGAGCUGAGAAAAGAGCUCAUGAAACGCAAGAAAGAGGAGCUUGCACAAAGCCAGCAUGCUCAGGAACAGGAAUUUGUGCAGAAGCAGCAACAAGAACUGGAUGCAUCUCUGAAGAAAAUUAUUCAGCAGCAGAAGACAGAACUGGCCACGAUUGAACGAGAUUGUCUCAACAACAAACAGCAGCUCAUGAGAGCUCGCGAAGCUGCAAUCUGGGAGCUGGAAGAGCGACAUCUGCAAGAGAAACACCAGCUCCUCAAACAGCAACUCAAAGACCAGUACUUCAUGCAGAGACACCAGCUGCUUAAGAGGCAUGAGAAAGAAACAGAACAAAUGCAGAGAUAUAAUCAGCGCCUUAUCGAAGAGCUAAAGAACAAGCAAACUCAGGAAAGAGCGAGACUGCCUAAAAUCCAGCGAAGUGAAGCAAAGACUCGAAUGGCGAUGUUUAAGAAAAGUUUAAGAAUCAAUUCAUUAGCCUCUCCAGACCAAGACCGUGAAAAAAUUAAGCAGUUUGCUAUUCAAGAGGAAAAGAGACAGAAGAAUGAGAGGCUGGCUCAGCAUCAGAAACAUGAAAACCAAAUGCGGGACCUUCAGUUGCAGUGUGAAGCGAACAUCAGAGAACUGCAUCAGUUACAGAAUGAAAAAUGCCAUCUACUGGUUGAGCAUGAGACUCAGAAGCUAAAAGAGCUGGAUGAAGAGCACAGUCAAGAACUGAAGGAAUGGAGAGAGAAAUUGAGACCAAGAAAAAAGACACUGGAAGAAGAAUUUGCCAGAAAACUGCAGGAACAGGAAGUUUUCUUUAAAAUGACUGGAGAAUCUGAAUGCCUUAACCCUUCAACACAAAGCCGGAUUUCCAAAUUCUAUCCGAUCCCCAGCCUUCACUCCACUGGGUCGUAACUCUGGGGACUGCUGUAGGUUUUUUUCGUAUUUGGAAUUCUCCAUCGUCAUUGUCUAACCGGACUCCAUCCGCGGUGCACGUCCAAGGGCCUCGCGCCUUUGGUGGUCAGUGGAGACAAUCAGUGUCACGAUCAGUUUCUUCUCAGAAUGGAAGAAAAAGGUGUUGGUGUCUAAUGGUAAUGCUACGUCCUUCAGAUGUUUCAAGAAUAAGUGGGGCUUUUAUCUUGGCCUCAUAAGUUAUGUUAUCUAUGGUUUUGACUUUAAGCCUAAAAUAUUAAUUAUAUUCUUUCUGAUCACAACAAAACGGUUUCUCAUGUGAACAUUUAAACGGUGUAAUAUUAAUUCUGCUACUGUGUUCUGAAGUGUCUGAUUUCUCCACCAGAGAAUUCCACAACUGAAACUGCUGAAACUUCAAAUAUUAUAAUGUUGAGCAGGGUCUUCAUAGCCAGGACUGAAACUAAUUACUCAGAACAUGCCAAUAAUCAGGAAAAUAAACCCUUGUGUUUAAACACCAUUGGUAAGAGCAAAAGCCUUUGCAACUUAUUUAAAAAGAAACCUCUGGCAUAAAUUAAACUGAGCUGAUCUCCAUUACAUAUUUUGUCCAUUAGUUCCAUAAUUUAAUGGGGUGCUAGUUUAAUUAAUACAGUGCCUGAAACACUUAGAUAUGCUAAUCCUGGCAACAGGGUAGUGUUUUGUCAUUUAAAGAAACAGAACUCCUUAGCAUUGUCGUUACUGUACAGACCAGAAGAUUUCUUGCUGCUACUGCCGUUUUUGUUGUAAAUCCUCACCCUAAAAUAUUUUGCACUAAAAUAUGUAAAGGUGAAAGAAAUGCUAACUUUAAAAUGCACAGUUUAUUAUUUUCCUUAGCUAUUACAGGUGGUGAGAUCUACGAAUUAAGAGCUGUAGAAUGUAUUUUUUAGGAAGCGGUGUGCAAAGUGCACGUGGUUUCUCCAGCUGUACCUGGGUGGGUAGAGCCGUUGUUCUGUUCCUACCAAAGCCUGUUCAGUUAAACUCCCUCAGAAACGUGGAGGUGGGCGGUUGUAUUUAUAAAUAACCAUGGCUAAAGUCUCAUUUGAUUACAAGUGUUAGAUGUGGUUUUUCUUUUUUUUUAGUCAUUUUAUUUUAUAGAAAGAUUUAAGUUAAAUAUAUAGACAAACUACUUUAUGAAGCUGUUGUUUUGUGUUGCCAUGUACUAACAUAGGCAGUUUUUAUUUUUCAAGUUCGUAGGUGUACAAUAAGUUAUUUACCUGACUGAUCUGCAGUGGAAAAAUCUGCAAUGUUUCUCAUACAGCUGGUAGGGAAAUACAACUGUAUUGGGUCACUUUUACUGCACUCUUGUUGGUGGGUAGAGUUUGAGUCAUACAGAGACGGGAUUAUCAGCCGUACUUUGGUUUGCUGGAGUUCCAUUUGUAGGACAGGAUUUGCGUUUGUCAGUUGAAGCCCGACUUUCUGGUCUCUCUGGGUGUCAGCUGUACACGUUUUGUUUUGCUGGCUUGUGUUGAGCGCGGGACUCGUGACCCUCACGUGAUGUUCGCUUCAUGGGAACAGUGUCGAUGCAUGUGAGUCAACUCGAAAAUUAACACAGGACUUUAAUCGGACGUGGUUUAAAUCUUGGAUGCAGAAACCCUUGGACGUUGAGCUGGUACCUUCUCAAUGAAGACACUUAAAAUUUACAGCACAGUAAAAAACAGUUGGAACAUGCAUGUUUUAAUUUAAAUUUUGUAACUUUUUGAUAGCAUAAUUACUUUAAUAGCUAGCCUUAAUUUCUGGCAUUUUAUUAUAUAAAUGUGUAUUGUGUACUGUUGUAAAUUCACAUACCAUAUCUCUAGCAUGUUACCUGUUGCUAAAUGCAAAGUUCUUUAAAUGGUUUAUUUAGUAGAGUAAAAAAUGCCGUUGAAGGCCUUUUACUUUUUAAGCUUCACCAUCAUAAAUUGACUGUUACUAAAAUAAGAUUAAAUAAUCUUCAUCUCUGUAUUUAAUGGAAUUUGUUUGCUGUUCUGUAUGAAGCAGGCUCAGGGCUUUACUCGGGGAGCAGCCAGGGCAGGCAGAUUUCCCUUCUGGAUUGUUGCUCCCUUCAUCCACAGUAAAUCCUCAGUGGGAAAUGUUAACUCGCAUUUUUGGCAGUUCCAGUGAUAAAUUGCUAAUAUAUCCAGGCCUACUGUUGACCUCUGUCUAAAUCUUUACAAUCUUUUCUUUGAGGAUCCUUUUCUCACAAGCCCCCCCAGUCUGAUCUCACUGUAAACUGUACACAUAGCUGUGCUCCGUGAUGCAGGGAGGGAUCGAAGCUUCAGCAGGUGCCUGGUCAGGUCUCUGGUAAGCGCUGGUAAGCAGUUGCAGCUUUGUGAACUGUGCUGAGAAUUGGUAUCAAGCGUGAAAAUAUGUUUUUCUGGGGGAUAACAGGAUCUAGCAUGGGUACUUAGACAUUUAGGCUAAUAAAAUUGGUUGUAAGUAUUGGAGAACAUGAAAGAAGUAUACAACAUUAUAUCAAUGUCAGAAAAUGCAUUUCAAAUUAACUUAGUCUCACACAGCUCUGCAAGAGACCUCCUGAGAUACUAAAUCCAAUCUCUCUACUGUCACAUCCUUUAAUAAAUGCUAGGAGCUCCCUCUCCAAGGCAGUUAGGUAUAUUUUCCUUGGCCAAAACAAUGUACUUUGUACUGAGAGUUUGGCAGAUCUCAUUUUCCCCCACAAGACGACCACAAAUCAGUAUUUUCUCACCUUUGUGUUCUACUACGCCAUAAAUACUGUCCAUGGGAAAAUGAGCAAAGGCAAUGAAAUGCAUGAGUCACAGUGUCAUAUAUCGGUUGUUCGAUUGUAUUUACAACUGAUUCUCACAAAAAACCCAGCCUGCAGGCCCACGGCCUCUGACAGGGUCAGUCCUCACAGCCUGGUGUUCCUGAGCUCUGAGAGCAGAUCUCAGCACCUGCCGAGUCACCUUUCUUGGGGUCGGGCCUUGUUCGGUGCAGGAGCCGGGGGCUCUACCCACAUCUCACAGGUCCUGGAGCUCGGCUGUUUGCAGGAUCCCGUACCCUCUGCCCGCGCCAGGCUGCCGGCAGCCCAGGGACGUCUUUGGCCCAUUGACCUCGGGUGGUUCUGCUGCCCCUGUUUGCUAAUGAGAUUCUACAUCUUGAACAAAUUCUGUGCCUGAGGAGGGGAAAAGGGGCUGUGUCGCCUCCUGAAGUCCCAGGGGAACUUUGCUGUUUGCUUUGGUCAAGGGGAAAUGCUCCUGCAUUUGUUCCGCUCUGAUUCCCAUAGAACAAAUUUCUUUUCCCAAGCACUCCACUCUCUCUGCUGAAUACAUGAGAAGCAUGUACGGCAUGAAAAGGUACAAUAGUGAGGUUAUUCUUAUUGAUUAGGUAGGUCCUGAUUUAUUAACGCUUUCUAAAGGAAAACCUUCAAUUAAAUUGACAUCCAAAUUCAAGUUCAGAGGCGGCAGCACGGCGCUGUCCUGACCAGUGGCGUUCACUCAACGUCACUUUUCCCAUCACUUUCAAAAUACUGAUAUUCAUUCCUAGCUGCAUCCUUUUUUUUUUUUUUCCAGAUGUUUCAAGCUAAUAUCCUUUUAAAUUACAUUCAUGGGUAUUCAAUAUGUAAUCGAUCAUAUAGUUUAAAAAAAUUAUUGUUCUGUCUCAGAGGACUUUAUUUUUAAUUCCAUGCUACUGAUUUUUUUUCUUAAUAAAUAGGAAACUUAGCAUCUUAACUAAGAGCCAAGCAAAGCAGUAAGGUGAUUACUUUCAUCAGCACACCACAAUGUCUCUUAUGGUGGUAACUGAACAUAGGAAGUUGAUUCUCUACCUGAAACAGUUUCUGUCUUGCAAGUAUUUCAAGGAUACUUUAGUAUAUGAAGGAUUUGAAAAAGGUUUUUCUGAAUUCAGGUACUUGAAUCCACUUCUAGGUGGCCUGAUUUUCACAGCUGGGAAACACCCAUCUUUGCAGAAAGCCAGAGAACAGCUCAGUGCUAGUUGCUUCUGCUGAAAUGCUGCUUUUUGGUUGAUCUCUGUGGGGAAGUGAGGUGAGUUUUUGAGGACAGUGACUAUAUGGUCACUGGAGGAAAGGGCAGGGAGGAGUACUGAGGAUGGUUACUGUGUAGAUAACUUUCUGCUGCUUUGUUAACAUUUACAAUCUGGUUGCUUUACUCCAAAAUCUGUACUUCUGGAUCUCAGAAGCUUCCUUGCGUUGAUGUGUCCACGCACAUUUCCCACUCCCUGACUUCUGCCAUCUUCACAGCAGGUACGAAACCAGAUCAGAGAGAAUGAACCAAGGCCAGGGUGCCCCAUCAUUUCUCAGUCUUACAAAAGAUGAGGACAGAUAAAGGGAAGGAGAAGACAAAAGACGUUACGGUGUUUCUCUGCAUGCAGAGCUUUUAGUUCUCCAUCCCCUUUCUCUCGCCCCGAUCCUCAUUCUUUGUUUCUGUAGCUACUUCUGUGCUUCUGGCAUGGGAGCAGUCAGUGGUGCCAGAGAAGACAUCUCUUAAGAACAUGCUCAAAACCAGCUCAUGAAUUAGGAAGGACUCGUGUGCUUCCACUGUACUAAAAGCAGAAGGGAGUCACUUAGCCCAAAGAUGCUCUAAUCUUCCCAAAUCUCUUCCACACUUACCGUUUGUUACUGAUUAUCAAUUCUAAAGUGGUGGAGAGAACAGAAACUAGAAAGGGACACCGAAUGAAAUCUGUAAUGUUGACCUGUCAUACCCCUGUUUUCUGUAGGAAAGGCAAGCAGGGAGGCCUGCGGUGAGCACACUCCUCCGAGGCACCUCCAACCUUGCGUUGCCCCAGCAGUUUGCUGAAUGUUUUGUGUUAACUGCAAACCAAGUCAUUUUUGCCUUACAGAAUGCAACCAAAAUCAUGAGAUGGAUGAAUAAUUGGCUAAGGGUCUCUGUACGUGCAGCGCGUGGAAGUGAACUUGCAGUAGCAGCCAUACAACAGGGUUUGGGUGUUUUUUGUCUUGUUUUUAAAAGUAAUUUGAUUUCAUGGCUUUCUGUAGAAUAUUGUAAUAAUUCUGCUGUAAAUAAAAUAAAAUCACAGUUUGCUGA